CAUGUGAUGUAAGCAUCCCAGCGAGAUCCGAUCCGCGAUCCCCUUGAAAAAGAUUUGUUUUGUCUCGAAAGGAUUGUUUUGGAAAGUGUUAUCUCACGUAUAGGUGUUUAUUAUCUGAGAUAUAUAAACUAAAGCACGCUAACAUUUUCAAAAUAUCUAUUAAUUUGAACUGCGUUAUUUUUCAGACAGAAAAUUCAAUGGUUCUUAGUUUACGAUCAUCAUUUUUAGCGAACGUUGUUUUAGUUUCGCUACUUGUAUUUAUUUUUCCUUUAUCUGCAUUUCGAUUGAAUAAAAGGCAAGCGGUUAAUCCAAGCCCGGUAAUCUUAGUUCCAGGAGAUGGUGGUAGCCAGUUGGAAGCCAAGUUGGAUAAGCCUGAAACAGUCCACUACUUCUGCAAUAAAAAGACGGAUGAUUUUUUUAGUUUAUGGCUCAACUUGGAGUUGUUGGUCCCCUAUGUAGUAGACUGCUGGGUGGAUAACAUGAGAUUGGUUUAUGAUAACAAUACUAGGACAACUUCAAAUGCCCCUGGUGUCAGUAUUAGAGUUCCUGAUUUUGGAAAUACCUCAAGUGUUGAUUGGUUAGAUCCUAGUCAAAUAUCUCCUAGUUCUUACUUCAUCAACAUAAUUCAAAUGCUAGUUGCAGAAGGCUAUACAAGAGGGUUAAACAUCAGGGGUGCCCCUUAUGACUUCAGGAAAGCCCCAAAUGAAAUGACAGAUUUCUUUAAUGCCAUGAAAAACAUGACUGAAGAGACUUAUGAAAAGAAUGCUCAGACUAAGGUCACAUUUGUUUGUCACAGUAUGGGCUGUCCUUUAAUGAGCUACUUUUUCAAUCAGCAAACUCAGCAAUGGAAAGACAAACAUAUAAAAGCUAUGGUUACACUCGGAGGUGCUUGGGGCGGAGCUGUGAAAGCAAUAAAAACAUUUGCCGCAGGAGAAAAUCUUGGAGUUUUUGUUAUAAGCCAAAUAAAUGUAAGAAGGGAGCAGCGCACCUCACCAAGUUUAGCUUAUGUGAUGCCAUCCCAACUUCUUUGGAAAGAUAAUGAAGUUAUGAUGAUUACUGACAAGAAAAACUACACCAAAAAUGACUUUUAUCAAUUAUUUCAAGAUAUUGAUUUUCCAGAUGGGUAUGAAAUGUAUAAGGACACUUUGCCAUAUGCUUUGAAAGGAAUGAAUCCACCUGGUGUUGAAAUUCAUUGUAUGCAUGGCAUAAACGUCACACAAACUAUUGAAAUGCUUGACUAUAGAAACACAUCCCAUUUUCCUGAUAACCCUAAGCUAAUCUAUGGUGAUGGGGAUGGCACUGUAAAUGUACGAAGUUUAGAGGCCUGUCUUCUUUGGCAAGGAAAACAAAAACAAAAAAUAUAUCAUACACCUCUGAAUAAUGUUGAUCAUAUGGGAAUUUUAGCUGAUCUUCACGUGUUGGAUUAUAUAAAACAUGUUAUUCACAUGUAGUGAUAUAUCUGUACAUAUAUACUUUUUUGUUGUUUGUUUAUAUAGAGUAUAGACAUACUUGUCUGUUUUACUCAUAUCAUUUGUGCCUUUAUAUCAUCAUUAUUUAAGUCAUCUUGACCCAUUUUAAAAUUCAUGAAAUGAAAACUCAAUGUAUUUCUUUAGCAUCUCUUAUUGUGUAACUAAGUAGUUGUUUCUAAGACAGUUUCUUUCUGCUUUUAUUUUUGAGUGAUAAAAGUGAUAUACAUCUUGAGUACAAAGUUUUUAUAUUACGCAUUUUAAAGUCUAACAUCUCAAAAGUUCGAAAUUUAGUUUUUCUUUUAUUAGAUAGAACUCAUUUCUUUAUGAUAGUAAUUUUUUACUACAGUUACUAAAUUAGCAUUUUUAUUGAAGUCAACAUAUGGAUAUAUUCAAUUGCACUGAAAAUAUUUAUUUCUAUAGAUUUCGAUCUAAAGCAUUACCUUUGCACUUCUUUAAGAAAAUAGUUGCAGUCCUAUUUAAUAAUACAUGCUUUAAAUUAAAUUUCCCUUGCUUGCCAAUUCCCUUACUUAACCAUAUAUUUUAUUGUUUUGUUUGAAAAUUUGCACUCAACAUGGAAGAGUUUUUUAAAUCAUUUUGAAUUUUUUUGGAACUAAUUUAGUAAUUAAAUUUUUUUCUAAUUAUUUUUAAAUCAUGAAAUUUUGAUACCAAUUUGAAAUCUAUUUUGUAGUGCGUGGAAUAUAUAGUUUAUUCAAAUAUUAUUUAUUCUAUACACCACUUUUUACAUGCAACGUAUUGGACAUAGAAAAUAUUGUUAUAAAAUUUUGGUCCAUAUUAAAAUUAUAUUUUUUCUAUUCUUUUAUUUUAAUUCUAUAGUUAACAGGAUUCAAAUAAUAAUUUAAUUUUCCAUAUGUUUUUCUUUGAUCACAAGAAAAUUAAAAUGAAAAUAUUUAUAUUGAAUAUAUAAAAAUGAAAUAAUAGUUUAUUAAAAAGAAACUUUAACACUUUUUUUUGCAGUUAAUAUUGUUAGCUUUCAGCUACUUAUUUUUAAUUAAAUGAUAAUAAUUAAAUUAUUAAUUAAAUGAUAAUAACUAAUUAAUAUUCGGUUCUUCAUUCCGCUGACCACCCAACUAGUACAACUGCUCCUGCACCCUAGGCCCCAAAGUCAAGAAAACUGGGAUAUGCACAGUAUGCUUUGGUCUUCCUUGGGUUGUUGAACCACUGGCUUUGGUUAAGUAUAAAUAGCAAAUUUCAUUGUGUCCCCCACAAACGAAAGAAAAAAAAGUUACAAUUGUUGAUUAUGCUUCUUAGAAAAAUUGAAAUUUGAUAGUUUAAAAAUUAUGAAAUGAAGAGCGUAAAGGAAUCAGAAUGAAAACUGUUUAUGAAUUAAGAAACGUCAUAGAAUGCCUAUCAUCAUUCAAUGGCUCACUCAAUUAAGUGGAUUAAUCUUCAGUAGAUGUCUGAAAAAUAAAGCCGCCAUGUUUUGAAAUGAACUUUACAGCAAAGCAAGAAUAAUAUUGUAAGUUGCAAAAAUUUUUUUCCCCCAAAAAUUUUAAACUUAGUUUAUCAAACAAAUAUGUUAAUAUUUUUAAAAACCUCUGAGAAUUGAAAAAAAUUUAGCAAAUAUUUAAUUAAAAUGUCCAAUGCAGAUUUGGUAAAAAUAAAAUGUAAUUGUAGUAAUCAACAUAGCUUUUAGUGUAUUUGUAAUAUCUGUUUAUAAAAUCAAUCACUUUGUAAAAUCAAAUGUUCUCGGAAUAGAAGUGAUUAUAGUAGGAGGAACACAAUAUAUUGAGGAGAGAUUCUUAUACUAACUUAAACAAAUGCCAAGUGCUAAAUCUGUUAAAGUAUCUGCUAUAUGUUAAAAUUUAUUGCAAUUUCUGGUGGGUAUUUGUUAUUAUCUGCUCUAAUGUGAUUGAUCAUAUCAAUGCAUCAUGCAUUAGUUUUUGUGAUUGUUUAGGACAUGUUUAUUGGGUCCUUUUUUUUUUGAAUUUUUGAAAUAUCCAAAAUUUUUCUAGUCAUUAUUACUCAGACUAAUAGAUAAAAUUGGAAUAAACUUAUGUGCAGUUUUAUUGAAAAUUUUUCUCAGUAUUCAAUAUUGGCUAUUCAGUACUUAUAAACAGAAUUGCAUGUAGAUUGCAUAUUGAUCUUGAUUGAUAUUGAUUGAUCUUGAUAUUGAUUGAGUUGCAUAUUGACAUAAAAAUUUAUGAAAGUAAUGUGAAAUGUUACUUACGGAUUAAAAACAUAUUUCAUAAUGGAUCUUUUAAUAAAUUUGUGAUUUUAAGAUUUUUCUGUUUAUUAUCUAGGUACUUACUGAAUUAUAUUUUAGGCAUGUAUUAGUAAAUGUAGGAUUAGUUUUUCUAAAUGCAUCACAAUUGUUUUCUUUUCUAAUUGUUCAUUAACUAAUAUGUAUUACAUUAUAUAUUAGUUAAUGAAGAAAGUGUGAGUACUUUGAAAGAUUGCUUGCGUUUAAUGUUUUUGUGAGAACUGGUGAUUUUGUUGUUGUUACUGUUUUUUGCUCCUUGUUAGAUGUUAUAAUUUAUUAUAGAAUUUGUCUGAACGUGGGGACUGAUUUAUUUUCAUAGUCAGAUAACAACAAAGCUUUUGUACUAUCGAACAGAUUAUUGAUUUUCUAUUUAUGUUUUUAUGUUAGUUUUGUAAUUUUCCUAUGAGAGUAACAGUAAAUUGUUUCACCUAUUGGUUGCUAAUUUUUUUUCUUCUUUUUCUGUAACAGUUUGAGUAGGAAAACAGUAUUUAAUAUGCAGUAUAAUUUAAAUAAACCAAUUUAGAAUUGCUAUAUCUUUAAAUUAUUUUGAUGAUGUAAAAGUAAAUGGUUUAAAUUGAUGUGAUGGAGCUUAUUUCGUAUCUUAAUAAUCUAGAGAUGAAAUAAAUUUAUGGGUUUUAGAAAAAUGUUAGUGAUAUAUAUAUCAGAAAAAUUAAAAAUUCAUAUAUUUUAGACAGGUUUUGUCAAUUAGUAAUUGUGUAGGGGGAAUAGAGUAUUAUUGUUCUAGUUUGUACCAAUAGAACAAGGUUAUCUUUCAUUUUAUUUUAACUUGUAGAGAAUGUCAUAGUGCUUAAAUACACACAAUUUAAAGUUUUCAAAUGAUUUUAAAAGUUCUCAAAAAGGUUAUCAAGGUUUUUACUUUUGUAAAUAAAAAAAGGUAAAGGGAUUUUUUUUAUUAAUGCGGAUCAUAUAUGUUUAGAAAUUUUUAAAUUCAUAUUGCAAUUCAUGCUAUAAUAAUGAUUAUUUUAACAAACUUUAACAUUGCUCUCAUAGUGAAGAACAUACUUUUUAUAAUGAUUUUGUGUAUUCAGCUCAUGGCCUAUGGAGUCCUGGAACUGGCUCUUGCAAUUAAGUUAGUCUGUGUAUUUUACUGGAAAAAUACUCCAAAAAUUAUCAUAAAACAUGGCUAAAAUGUCUUUUGUUUGCGUGGUUGAUAGUAAAAAAAAUUCAUUUGUAAAAGUCAUUUGUGCGAUUGUACAUAACUGAUUGGUGAGAUGAAGCCUAAAACACAAUUUUACAAUAUUUAUCUAAUAAAUGUGUGGAGAAAAUUUUAUUUCUUUUUUAAUAUUAGAAAAUGAAAACAUCUUAUAUUUUAUAAGGCCUUAUUAAUCCAAGAAAAUACCUUUCUUGAACAACAGGUUUAUUUUUGGCCAAGAAGGAUAGUUUUCAUAAUUUAAAAUUGUUAAGAAGAUAUGGUAUGAUUUCAUUAUGCAGAAUUUAGUCACGGUGAUAUUUUAUUUUUAAAAACAAAAUCCUUGGUAUAGAAUAGCUCAAUAUUUUUUAUUUACUUUGCAAACAUUCACUUUUAUACAAUUAGCACACUAAUAUAUUUUGCUGUCCUGUCAUUUUUGAAUUCUUAGCUUUUGCUUAGUUUUUUCCUAUUAUGGAUUGUUAAGUGUCUAUGUUUCAAUUGCUAAGUGCCAUGAUUAUAAUUUCCUUUCUAAGGGCUUCUUUUUUGUCUUAUAGUUUUUCAGUUGCUUGCCAUUUUUAAUGCAAAUUUUUGCUAUUGUCUUAUUUUGUUUAUUUUUUUAAUUUUUGUAGUCGUAAGUCAGGAGUGAUAAAAAUAUGGAAUAAGGGCACAAUAUUUUAAAUAUAUAUUUUUGGCUGAAUUUUGACUGUCUUUAUCAUUGCGAAGAUUGUAUUGAUGCUUUGUAAAACAAUGGUAUUCCUUAUAGGAAUUUUUCAUGUAUGUGUGGUACUACCAUUUAUUGCAUUUUUCAAAAAUAUAUUAAAUGUGUCUGAAAUAAUAUCAUCAAACAAGUUUUUAAAUAGAAUUAAACUUACUUUGAAACUUGUUAAUGAAAAAUAGUUUAUUUCAGGUUGGAUUGAAAGUUUUAUUUUUUAUAUUAAAAAUAAUAAUUAACCUUAAAAAUUCCACUGUAUUGAAAAUCUAAUUUUAAAUUUUUUUUUUUAAUUAAUAAAUGGGUGGGUUUAGCCUGAAUCUUAGAAAAACUUUUCUUAUUUGAUUUAAGCAAAUUGAAAUAUUAUUGAAUCAUUAGUAAGUACAGCGGAAGAAUUUGCGUACUUUCUUGUUCAAAUAACCUUAUUUAAUUUUUUUUUCUUCUUAAAAUAGAGAUUGAUUUUAUCUUUAUAAAAUAUUUUAACUAAAGAAAAAUUCGAGAAUUACUUUUUACUUUAGAGAAAUUUCCAGAAAUCUAAUAGAAACUUUUCUACCAACCUAACAUAGUCUUUAAUAAAAAAGCUUAUAAUAAAAAUACAUAAUCAGAAUAUUUUGAAUUAUAGUCUGUUAAGAUAAUAAAAAUAUUUAUGGAAUUAGUAAAUACCUAAUAAAGUUAUUUGCUAAUUUUGUUUAAUAUGUUUAUUCGAAUAUGUAUGGAGGCUAUAAUUGAAAUUUCACUGCUUGCAGAAAAUUAUUUUGUUAAUCCCUUAAAUUUUAUUUUUUGUUUAAUUAUUUUUGUUUACUGCAAGGCAAAAGGCAGUUAAAAUUUUUUAAUAUUUUUUAAUUAUGUGCUUGAUUUAUUAAUGUCUUUUGUUAGUUAAAUUUUAUUCAAGAUCUCUAAUUCACUAUCUCCAAUGUCUUUGUCAAGAAAUUGAUAGCAUGUUUGCUGAAUUAUGUUUUUCUAGCUAUUCUACUAAUUUUUAGAUUCUUGAUUAACUUGUGUGUAAUAAUAUAGCUUUGUUCUCCCUGUAAGUAAAAUUUAUAUUGACUCAAAUUAAAAAUAAUUUAUUUCUUUUAAAAUUAUAUGGUAUGUGAUCUCUUAGAAUUGUAUAGGUAGUGAGAUGCAUUUUACUGUGAUGGACUUUUAUGGCUGUUGAAAUAAAAGUAGAUAAAAAUAAAA